AUGCUGCCGUGGGCUAGAAUCACUGGCGAACGACCUCUCAAUGCCAUUCCCAGUGGUAAGAGGGCUCCCUGCUCGCUGGUGGCUCCCGCACCCCAUCUCCCGCAAGUAUUACAGAUUGGCCAGCUCAAGAUGAUAUCGGCCAACAGUUCUUUCAAAGCUAUAAUCAUUGGGGGAGGCCCAGUCGGUCUUGCUACCGCGCACGCCCUCCACCUGGCCAACAUCGAUUUCGUCCUUCUUGAGCGCCGCCCUGCAAUCGUUGAGGACAAGGGGGCGAGCCUUAUUGUCCAUCCGCAUACCCUCCGAGUUCUCCAUCAGUUUGGCGUUCUAGAUGAAUUACUGCCUCGUGGUGCAGAGUUAUCCCACCAUCUCUCAUUUCUCGCAAGCGGUCACGUCUUCAACGAGAGCAAUAGGUAUACUCAGAUACGUGAAAACCAUGGCCACGGGCCCGUUGCUUUCCACCGCGCAGAGUUAGUCGAGACGCUAUACAACGGCCUACCUACCACGAUCAGAGAGAAUAUCCUGACGGACAAAAAGGUCGUUGACAUUCAAACAGCACAGGAUGGAGUAACUGUAGCUUGCGCCGAUGGCAGUACCUUUCUCGGGUCGAUUGUGAUUGGCGCCGACGGCGUCCACAGCAAAACGAGACUAUUGAUGCGCGGUCUCGCCCUCGCAGAAGACCCAUCACGAGAAUGGGAUCCCCAGCAGCCAUACACAGCAGAAUACAAGCUUCUGUUUGGUUCAUUUCCGUCUCCAUCUCCGCCUGGUCAAGGAUACGACAUCCAGGCCAAGGACAGGGCGAUAAUGUAUUUUAGCGGGCCUGAACGCGGGUGGUUUUUCCUAUACAAGAGACUACAGAAGCCGACCAGUGAGCGGACAAGUUAUACGGAUGAAGAUAUCGACAAGAUGGCCAAGGAGUUCGCAGAGUUCCCGCUAACAAGGGGCGUCAAAGUCAAGGAUGUGUGGCCAAAGAUGUUGGGUUCGGGGUUGACGAAUCUGGACGAAGGGCUUGUGAAGAACUGGAGUUUUGGGCGGAUAGUCCUUGUGGGCGAUGCGUGUCACAAGAUGACUACACAUCUUGGUCUCGGAUUUAACCACGGCAUUCAGGAUGUGGUGGUACUCUGUAACCGUCUUCGCAAGUCUCUACAGGCAACACCCAGCGGGAAAGUCGAUGCCAACACCCUCACGGGUGUGUUUUUCGAGUACGCGGCAGUCCGGAUGGGCUCUUUGAGCUCGCUCACGGGUGAUAUUUACAAGUCUGGGCUUGAGACCCGUAUGCAUGCCUGGCAUAACUUGGGGUAUUAUGUUCUUUCGAGAUAUUUAUCAGUGCCGAGUGCGGUCGAGAACCUGGUCAUGCAAUACAUGAUGAUGCCGGAAUUUCGAAAGGGCCAGGUUCUGGAUUACGUGUUCAAGGAAGAGCGGAUGAAGGGCAAGGUCAGUUGGAUAUAUUCUAUGGGGUUUGGGCAACAUGACGAUUAG